AUGACCCUCUUGCCUGGAGAAAACUCAGAUUAUGAUUACAGUGCCCUGAGCUGCACGUCAGAUGCUUCUUUCAGUCAUCAGCAUGCAUUCUUUCCACGGACUGAGUCACUCAAGGGUGUAUUUUACCGCAGAGCCAAGAGACUUCACCCCAAAGACAACGCCCACCAAAGCAUUCAACCUGAAGAUCGAAAAAGGCAGAUCAUCAUUAAUGUGGGGGGGAUCAAGUACUUGCUGCCAUGGACUACUCUGGACGAGUUCCCCUUGACACGUCUGGGCCAACUCAAGUCCUGUACCAACUUCGAUGAUAUCCUCAAUGUCUGUGAUGACUAUGAUGUGACCUGCAAUGAGUUCUUCUUUGAUCGCAACCCUGGGGCCUUCCGGACAAUCUUGACUUUUCUUCAGGUGGGGAAACUUCGGCUACUCAGGGAGAUGUGUGCCCUCUCUUUCCAGGAGGAGCUUCUAUACUGGGGCAUUGAGGAAGACAACUUAGACUGGUGUUGCAGGCGACGAUACCUGCAGAAGAUUGAAGAGUUUGCUGAAAUGAACGAAAGGGAGGAUGACCUUCCAGAGAGUGAAAGUCCUGGGGAGAUGGUCGAGGAGACCAGGUUGGGCCAGUGCAUGAAGAGACUGCAGGACAUGGUGGAAAGACCUCAUUCAGGGCUACCAGGGAAGGUGUUUGCCUGUCUUUCUGUGCUAUUUGUAACCAUCACAGCAGUGAAUCUUUCUAUCAGCACCAUGCCCAGCUUGAGAGAAGAAGAAGAACAAGGCGAAUGUUCCCAGAUGUGCUACAACAUCUUCAUUGUGGAGUCUGUGUGUGUGGGCUGGUUCUCCCUCGAGUUCCUGUUGAGGUUCAUCCAGGCACCCAGCAAAUUUUCCUUCCUUCGGAGCCCCUUGACUCUGAUUGACAUAAUUGCCAUCCUUCCCUAUUACAUCACUCUGGUUGUGGACAGCACAUCUGUGGACCAAAAAAAGCCUAGCUCUGGCAACAGCUACCUGGACAAGGUGGGCCUUGUGCUCCGUAUCCUUCGGGCCUUGAGGAUCUUGUAUGUGAUGAGACUGGCAAGACACUCUCUGGGUCUACAGACACUCGGACUCACAGCCCGACGGUGUACCCGAGAAUUUGGGCUCUUGCUGCUAUUCCUUUGUGUGGCUAUAGCACUCUUUGCCCCCUUACUUUAUGUCAUUGAGAAUGAAAUGGCUGAUAGCCAAGAAUUCAGUAGCAUCCCAGCCUGCUACUGGUGGGCUGUCAUCACCAUGACAACGGUGGGAUAUGGUGACAUGGUGCCCAGGAGUACUCCUGGACAGGUGGUGGCCCUGAGCAGCAUACUCAGUGGCAUCCUCCUCAUGGCAUUCCCUGUGACUUCCAUUUUCCACACAUUCUCCCGCUCCUACCUGGAGCUGAAGCAGGAACAGGAAAGAGUCAUGUACAGAAGGGCACAAUUCCUGAUCAAAACCAAGUCCCAAUUAAGUAACAUGUCACAGAACAGCAAUGUUUUAUUUGGUAGCACCUCCUCAGAUGCUAGAGACAAUAACUGA